AUGUACUCAUUUAGCAAUAUAUUUUAUUGUAUUUUUACUGUUCUCGAUCGGACACCGUAUGUUGAUGAAACGUCCGAAUUGUGGCUAGUCGAUGCUCAUAUGAAAUUAGACCAUGGUAUUAAUGAUGGUAAACUUCAAUUUAUAACUGAUGAUGGAUAUUCUAUCGAAGCUAUACCUUAUUCACUUGAAAAUGUCGACCAUUUUUAUCCAUUUGAUUCGAAUGUGACUACCAGUCAAAUUAAAUUAAUUAAUAAUAUGACAACAAUCAUAGAACGCGAAGAAAUAUAUGAACAAAUCAACUAUUCCGGUCGAUCACAAGCACUUGCUUUCGUUGGUGGUACAUUGGCCGGAUUAAUUUUCGGUACUCUACUACUUCCUGGUGGAGCUCCUGAAAAACGUCGCAUAACGAAGCCGAUGAAUUCUUACAUUUGUCAAUGCUGUUUUUGA